GCCCGCACGCGGUUCCGGGUUCGCGGACGCGCAGUGGGGGCUAGGCUGGCUUUUGGUCUCCCUCGGGUCUCCGAUCGCCCGCCUGGCCGGAUAGGGCUGACCGAGGGGCUAGAUCAAGUGGGGAGUAGCGGCGCCGGGCGUCGAACUCGCCGUCCGUGCUGAGCGGGGCGUCGCAGAGCGGAGAUGACGCAGUCUUUGGUUUGCCCCGGGACCGUGAGCAGGGUCAGUUCUGUGCUUAAUCGCAACAGCCGGCAAUUUGGAAAGAAACACCUUUUUGACCAGAAUGAAGAGACGUGCUGGAAUUCUGACCAGGGUCCCUCCCAGUGGGUGACACUUGAGUUUCCCCAGCGCGUUCACGUCACACAGCUGCAGGUGCAGUUCCAGGGUGGCUUCUCCAGUCGCCACAGCCGCCUGGAAGGGUCGCGGGGUGGGGAGGCCCUCUGCAAGAUUGCAGAUUUCUACCCUGAGGACACCAAUGCUCUUCAGAUAUCCUGCGUGGACUGCAGUGGGAGGGCCCUGGAAGCUUUGGUUCUUUGGGUGUGGUCGGACGUGCACUGGUUGGCUAAGGUGAAAGGAUCUAGACGGCCAGGCCAGCCUGGCCACAUGACCAGUAAGAGGAUAAAGGCGUUGGCCUCCUACACCUGAGUAGGAGCUAUUGCAAGGGGCUUCAGUGCUCUGGAGGUGAAAGCAGGAGCGUCAGGGGUUCAAGGUCAUCCUCCGCUGCACAGUGAGUUUGAGGCCAGCUGGGGCGAGACCCCUCUCAAUCAAUAAAUAAGGUGCUGUUGA